AUGGCAUGCUGUGUGUUUGACAUGGUAUGGUGUGCGUUUGUGAUGGUACGCUGUGUGUUUGUGAUGAACCUGGGUGGUACUUCUCCACACGCAGGGGGACAGGAUGAGAGAUCAGUCUCAAGUCCAGCUACAGCGAAAAGAUGGAUUCCUCCCAGUAGCGUGAAACGAGAUGUCCUCACCCUUGAUGAAAAAAAUGAUAGUGUUUUUAGAAAGGUCAGAGGAAUCCUCAAUAAAUUGUCCCCAGAGAAGUUUGAUAAGUUGAGUUUGGAGCUUCUGAAUGUAGGCAUUGAAUCACAGAUCAUCCUCAAGGGAAUCAUCCUCCUGAUCUUUGAGAAGGCUCUUGAUGAGCCUAAAUACAGCUCUGUUUAUGCUAAACUAUGUCACCAACUAUGUGAAGACGCACCCAACUUUGAACCACCCGACUCCAAUAUUUCAACCUUUCGCCGACUCCUUUUGAACAAGUGCCAGGAUGAGUUUGAGAACCGAUCAAAGGCUACCAAUGCCUUUGACAAGGAUGUCUCACUGUCGGAGGAGGAGUUGGAGCAAUACCACAUUGCCAAGAGAAAGAUGCUCGGAAAUAUCAAAUUUAUCGGAGAGUUGGGCAAGCUGGAAAUGCUUCACGAGGGGAUCCUGCACCGCUGUAUCAAGCAGCUCCUCGAGAAGAAGAAAAACAUACCCCUGGUUGAGAGUGCAGAGGACCUGGAGUGUCUCUGCCAGAUAAUGAAGACUGUUGGACGUCGCCUUGACACCCCCAAGGCCAAGGCAUGGAUGGAUCAAUACUACAGUAGGAUCAAGUUCUUUGCUGGUCAGAUGGAGCUGCCGUCCAGGAUCAGGUUCAUGCUGCAGGAUGUCCUGGAACUGAGAGAGGCAAAGUGGGUGUCUAGGCGGAGUGGAUGGGAUCAUGGACCAAAGACCAUCACACAGAUCAGACAGGAGGCGGCAGAUGAGACAGGAGUGUACAUUCCCCAACAGAACAGGAUGGGUGGUCCUCGCCCGCCCAUGGCAGUAAAUGGCAGUCUAGGGGCCCACUGGAAGCCCGGGCUCCCCUCUGGGCAGGGUGCUGGCGGGGCGUUUGGGGACUUCUUUGGCAUGUCCCCUCCUGGUAUGAUGGGAGGCCUUGGUACAGGCCCAGGCGUGAUACAGGGAGGACUAGGGACUGGGCCAGGCGUCAUCAAUCUGGACGGCUUUGUGCCCAACUACAGCAAUAAACCCAGGAUGAACCAGCAGAACCCAGGUUUCAAUAACUAUCAGAAGCGUGGUUCCCCACAGGAUGGUGGUGGUUCCCCGCGUGCACAGAGACACAACUUCCAGGCCCAGCAACAGCAGCAACCGAGUACCGGCAGGCUGUCCCCUCAGAACCUGAACCCAGCCCAGCAGGCAUCACCCACUGCCUUCAACCAGCAGCAGAAGAAACCCAGUAAUCUGCCACCUCGUCUGGCAAAGCUUCAGCAACAACAACAACAGCAGCAGAUGUCAAGUGGUCCGCCAAUGCCGGUGUUGCCGAUGGUGCCGUCAGGGCAGCAGGUGAUGAUGAUGAUGCAGGACGGUCAACUGCCCAUCCCCCUGCCCAACACCAGUGUACCACCACCACCUCUACAACCCAAGGAGGAGAUCAGUCUCAGACCCACCAGGUCGUUCAUGGCCCCCCUGCGGCCCAGUGGCCCUACCAUGCUGCCCAAGUCUGCCCAGGCCUCCCCCUCCUCCCACCCACCACUUAUGACCAACACAGUCCUUGAUCAGCAGAGGGCCAACAGUCUCAACCCUCUACUGGCUAAACAGGCUGCAGUGACAAUCAAGGAGGUCCCUAAGGAGAAGCUAAAUCCAGUCAAGAAGAAGGCCAGUCUUCCAAGCAGGGAUGACAUACAGAAAAUUGUGAGCUCGGUGGUGAGUGAGUAUCUGGAGGGAGGCAGUCUCCAGGAGACGGUCUUGGCCAUCAAGGAUGCCAACCCCCCUGGAAAAUUUAUGCCUGAGUUGCUGGCGUUGAUGAUGACAAGCACGGUGGAGAAGUCUGAUACUGACCGAGAAAACAUCAUGAAGCUGGUGCUAGCUAUCAAAGCUGAGAAUCUCAUAACAUCGCAGAACUUUAUGGAUGGUUUCCGGUCCGUCCUUGAGCAGAUGUCUGAACUUGAGGCGAAUGUUGCCCUCAUCAAGACAUACGUAUCAGGGUUUGCGGCGUUUGCAGUGACCGAGUCGAUAGUUACGCUUCAGGAGCUUGCGUCACCCAUGGAGCAGGGCAUGUACUACCCACUGUUCCUGAUCUGCCUCCAGCAGAUGCUCAAGAGGAAGGACAGGGACUGGGUGAGGAACGUUUUCAACGAGAGCAAGAUGGACCUGCAAAACAUGCUGCCUGAAGUGGACCGCAGCAAGGAGCGUAUGAUGGAGAUCCUGGAGGAACGCAGCCUCAGUUUCAUGUUCCCACUGCUCCGUGUGCAGACAGACAUUUGGAAGCACAUUCAGACCGAGCCCACUGCCAAUGGACUUUCCAAGUGGAUUGAGGACCGUGUGAGCCCUGACCUUCAGCACACACCCGGAUUUAUCAAUGUUCUAACUACUAGUAUCCUGAAGUAUGUGACUGGUAAGACAAGCCUGAGUGAUGACUGUGACAAGUCCAACCCCAGCAAGGCCGUGCAGGAGCAGGAGAAACAGCAGCUCAACAACAUGAAGGAAGUUCUUCAGAGGUAUGUCCAGGACAGCGCCCUGUUGCAGAUGCACUGUGUGUAUGCAGCCCAGGUGUUCUGUCACAUCAAUGGCUUCCCAAAGGGCAUGCUGCUGCGUGUGUUCAUGAACCUGUAUGACAUGGAGGUGGUGGAUGAGGACAUCUUCCUUAAAUGGAAGGAGGAGGUCAACAAUGAGUAUCCAGGCAAGGGCAAGGCACUCUUCCAGGUGAACCAGUGGCUGACCUGGCUGGAGGAGGCAGAAGAGGAAUCUGAGGAUGACGGGUAGUGACCUACUGCAGUGUAACCUCACUUCCUGUGGAAAGGCAUCACUGGAGGAAGUGCAGGGGAAAUUUUGUGAAAAAAUAUCUGCUAAAAAUUAAAAAUUAAAAGAAGAAGUGAAAUAAGAUGAGCAUAUUUUCAAGAAUGUGGAUAGUGUUUAAGUGAAUUGUUUAUAAGGAAAACUAUAUUUUAACUGCGAAAUUAUUUGUAAAAUCAAAAAAAGUUGAUAUUGUAGAUCUGUGAAAAAAACUAAAUACAUGAUGUAACUGUUAUAGUGCAUGUUUUUGUAGUUUUUAUUUUUAUUUUGUAAAAGAAUAAAUUGUGUAUGAAGUAUAAAAUGAAUUUAAGUGAACAAAAACCAAAUGAUGAAUAUGGACAUUUAUAUUAUUAUUAUAUAUAUAUAAACAUUUGUGGUGUAAAAAUCAAGUGCAUAGGAUUAUGAUGACUAUAAAGAAAGUGAAACUAAAUCAACUGCUGGUACUGUUCAUUUUAUUGGAUGUCUAGCCUUGGAAAUAUAUGACCUUCAGAAGUCAUGUUAUACAAAGUACACAAUGAUUGUGUGAACAGCACUGAAGAUGAAGAACAGAUUUCCGUUUGGAGACUCUUAUUUCCAAACAGACAAAGAAUAAUCCAGGCUUCUCUUUUAUAGGAGUUUUUCUUGUGUGAAUCAUGUUUUUUUCAUUGUUGGUUUGUUGAGAUCAUGUUUUCUAUAUAUUAGCCAGUUUUAUUUUGAACCAUUAUCAUGAACUGAUCAGUGUCAUUUUGUUAGCAUUCAGCUUUGCUUGUAGCAUCAUGUUAUAAUCUAAAAAUAAGUCUAUCACAUUUUUUAAAUGAAACAUUGUAAGUUAUAAUCUUUGUGUAGUUUUUGUUUGAAAGUAAGGGAAAUAUUCCUAUCAUAGCUCUUAACAUAUGUAUUGUGUGUUUUGUCAAGAUGUAAAAAUAAGAAUGACUAUUUAGGUGUUGUCUACGGUUUUGAUUUAUUUGGAAAUCAUGUUUUGAUAUUGUGUUUUUUCUAUAAGUUAACUAGGCCAUUUAUGUCACCAUUUGAAAUUGCCAGUAUGAACAGAGCAUACAUUAAUUAGGUAUGAAGUCUUUAAUGUAACAGUAUACUAUAUAUAUGUUUGAUUUUAUAUCUGUUGUCUAGUAACACCACAAUAUAAAUUAUGUGAAGUGAUGUAUUUACAAUAAAUUUGGUGCUUGUAGUGUAUGUUGACCAUUAAAAAUAAAUUUUUCAAGGCAAACAUCAAUACAAUUUUCAGUAAUACUGCAAACUGGUUUGAGCUGUUUCCAAUUUAGGAAAUAAUUUCCCAGUUAUUAUGAUGUUAACAUGUAAGCUAUUAAAGCAGGAUAUUAAAAAAGCUGAUUUUCAGGGGGAAACAUACAUGUAAAGCAAAUUUUGAAACAAAAGCUUAUUUAAAAGGACCGUUUAUGACCGUUAGCAUUGUUUAAUGUAUGUUCCUAGUUCUGCAGUAUUACAGAUGCUGUAGUGUAUGUAGAUGCAUGCUUAUCUUGUACGUCUGCGUGUACCUUAGCUGCUGGGAAGCAUGAGGUCCUAUAGGGCUGUGUGUGUGGGUGUGUGGACAUGUUUGUGUGCGUGUUAUCCAGGGUCAAUAAAAUAGUAGUAUUUAA